GUUUUUGAUCAUGUAUGCAAAAUACCAAGAAUCGAUCCAUUCUCCCCUGAUGUCAUGGCCAUAUUUGAGCCUCCCAAGCCCAAGACGUGUACGGAUCAGCCCGACCUAUUCACUGUGCGAUUUAACAAGAUGCAAAAGCAAUAUCGAUUGCGCUUCAAUAAAUCUCUAUUCAUGGAACUAUUCCCAAGUGUGAUCAACUAUGCGUGCGUCUUUUACGAGAUAGUUAGUGGACCAAGUGAGACACCCAUUUGGAAAAAGGGAUCACCAUUUACUUGUAGUGACCGGAUCGUGCCCCGUUCCAUUCUAGGAAUUGUCGUGGAGUGCUACGAGUUAGGCAACAGCUCUCGAGUUCUACAACGCGAUGCAUUCUCUUUUAUCCAGCAUCCAGUCGGACGGAACGAGGCGAACGAUGAGAAGCGCAGUCGGGCCUACCCCAGUGUGAUAAUGUUGGGCAUUGACUCCAUGUCGCAGAUGAACUUUCAGAGGACAAUGCCAUUGACAGCAAAGUUUGUGAGACAGCUGGGGUGGUAUGAGAUGCUUGGCUAUACUAGCGCUGGAGAUAAUAUGCUCUACAAUCAAAUUAUUUUUCUCACCGGUCGGGCACUGCCCCAAUGGCAGGACUUUUGCGAUAUGGCGAAGCCUGGUUGCUUGGAUGCUAUUAUCUACCUGUGGAAUCAUUUUCACAACUUGGGAUAUCUGACUGCCUAUGCGGAAGACUCUCCGUCUUUGGCCUUUACACGCAAGCCCGUGGAUUACUAUCUGUUUCCCAUUCUGAAAGUGUUCAAGGAAAUUAUGGAGGGAGAUGGGCGCCGUCCCCCUGACGGCUCCGACUACUGCCUGGGCCGGAGAGAGAGUUUCCGCUAUGUUUUCGAGUCUUGCCUGCAGUUGGUACAGCGAUUCAUUAAUGAGACGCACAAACCGCUCUUCGGGCUCUUCUGGACGAAGAGCUUCAGCCAUGAAGACUUUAGUGCAGCAGCACGCGUGGAUAGGGAUUUCGUGAGGUAUCUUGAGCUGUACAGGGAGCACGGCUUAUUCGAUAAGGCAGUUGUCGUCUUGUUCAGCCUCCAUGGGCAACGUAAGGGACCUUUGAUGGGACUGGCCUCGGGCUUUUUGGAAGAGCGACUGCCCAUGCUGCACAUCUAUCUGCCGCCCUGGUACCGGCGACAGUACCCAGACGUCGGACAGACACUUGAGGUGAAUCGUCGUCGGCUGACCUCCACAUAUGAUUUGCAUUUGACCCUUAAGAAUCUGCUCGUGCAGGUGCAUCCCGGCAUUGUGUUCCAGAGAGAGCAAAUAAAAGCUCAAUCGUUAUUUGUCAAGUUGGCUGUGAAUCGCAGUUGCGAGGAUGCUGGGAUUUCCCUUUACUAUUGCAGCUGUGAUUUGCAUAUGACAGUGGCAAACAAUCAGCGUAUGACUGAGUUAGCGAAGACAGUUGUGUAUCGCGUCACACAAUAUCUGAGUAAGCCGGAUUUCGGAAGUAAAUGUUAUCAACUAAAAUUCGAUAGACUGUUAAGAGCCGAGCGGAAGCAAUAUUUCGACAGUAAUGGAAAUGAGGUGGGGCCAAAGGAUGGAAUAUUUUGCUACCAUUUGAAGUUUACAACGCAACCGAAAGCGGUUUUCUAUGCAACAGUUCUCAGCAGCAAGCGGGCGAGUAUUAUAAAGGUUCGUGGGGAUUUGAUACGACGUUUGGAUUUCAUUCCGAACAGAACCAAUUGUGUGGAUGAGCCCGAGGCAAAAGAAAUCUGCCUUUGUAAACCAAAAGCUUAA